UUGAAUGAAAUAGCUUAUUAUAUAGAGCAUCGUUAAUACUUAUUCAAUUUAUACAGUGAAAUUAUUUAAAAAUGUCUGAUGGAACAACUUUGUUUAUGAACAAUCAGUCUAUCAAAAUUGAGCCACCAGAAUAUACAGAAGACGAAAUUGAUCGUAUUUUUGAAUCUGCCAAAUGUUCCGAAGAUGAUAAAACUUGUCUAGAAAGAUUCAUGAAUUCUGAAAUAACUAUUGAAGAAGAAAUCAAACAGGAGGCAAUUCAGACACCCAGUUAUGAAUGUGACGAUGAAAAACCUUCUGUAUGCAAAAUUUGUAAUAAAGCAUUCACUACAAAAUCUCUAUUAGAUCAGCAUGUUUGUGAACAGACCUUGGAACAACCUUCAAGUAUUAAAGAAUCUGAUAAUUCAAAACAAGAUAGGUUUGCUCAUUCUGAAGAGCGCCCCCAUAAAUGUUCAAUUUGCCAUAAGACAUACAAAGCAAAUGCGCAUUUGAAAGUUCAUAUGCGUAAUCAUACAGGUGAACGUCCAUACAAGUGUGAAAAAUGCAAUAAGGCAUUCAUAGGAAAGGGUCCACUGAAUUCACACAUGCUUAUUCACUCUGGAAAAUAUCCUUAUAAAUGUGAAACAUGUAACAAAGGGUUUCGUACUCAAAAAAAUUUAAUAGAUCAUAUGCGAACACACACAGGAGAACGCCCCUAUAAAUGUGAUGUAUGCUUUAGGACAUUUACACAUAUAACUACUCUUAGAUCCCACAAGCGUAUUCACACUAAACAAUUUCCUUACACAUGUGAAUUAUGUAGCAAAAGGUUCAAUCAAGCAGGCAAUUUAACAAAUCAUAUGCGUACUCAUACUGGAGAACGCCCUUACAAUUGCAAACACUGUGAUAAUACAUUUAAAACAUCGAAUGCUGUGAGAAGGCAUAUGCGUACUCAUACAGGAGAGUGCCCCUAUAAAUGCAAGAUAUGCAAUAAGGCUUUUAAAGUAUGGUGCACUAUGAACAAGCAUAUGCGUACUCAUACAGGAGAGCGUCCUUAUAAAUGCGAAGUAUGCAAUAAAGCCUUUAGACAAUCGAAUCAUUUACAACAACAUAUGCUUAUUCAUACAAGGGAGUAUCCUCAUAAAUGUGAUGUUUGUGACAGAGGAUAUCCUUAUAGAAGCAAUUUGAUUAAACACAAAUGUACAAAGAAAAUUAAAGGAAAAAUAAUCAAAACUUGUAAAUAUCUAAAAAUGUCCGAAAAAACAACUGUGUCUACAAAUGAGCUCCAAAUUAAGAUAGAACCACCAGAAUUUUCAGUUGAAGAGAUUGAAGGUGAAAAUGAGGAUGAAUUUGAUGUUGAUGAUGAUAAUAUUAAGCCGGAGGCAUUUUCAGACAAUGGCGAUACUUGUUUAGAAAAUUUCAUGAACUCUGAAGUGACGAUAAAAGAAGAAAUCAAACAGGAGUCACUUGAGGCACCCUCUUAUAAAUGUGAUAUUUGCAAUAGAUCAUUUACAGAGUCGCAUGAUUUAACUGAGCAUUUGGCCGAACACAUGCCUGGUCACAGCGAAGAAGGCCCCCAUAAGUGUGAUAUAUGCUAUAAGACAUUUAAAUAUCCUUCAAUUUUGGCAAAACACAUGCCUGUACAUACUAAUGAGCGCCCCUUCAAAUGCGAAAUCUGUCACAAGACAUUCAAACGAUCAAAAGAGUUGAAAUCACACAAAUUCACACAUUCAGAAGAACACCCUUUUAAAUGUGAAACAUGCAAUAAGGCAUUCAACAAAAAAAGCAAUUUAACAAAACACAAGCAUAUCCACGCUGAAGAGCGCCCUUUUAAAUGUGAAAUAUGCAACAAAGAAUUCCAUUUAUCAAACUAUUUGAAAAAGCACAUGCUUGUUCAUACCGGGGAACGUUCCUAUGCAUGCAAUCUAUGCGAAGGCACCUUCAUGUUACCAAGCGACUUGAAAAGACACAUGAGUGUCCAUACAGGGGAACGCCGUUACAAGUGUGAAACAUGCAGUAGAAGAUUCAGACAACUGGAUGCUUUAAAAACACACCUACUUAUUCACACCGGAGAACGCCCACAUGAAUGCAAAAUAUGCAAUAAGGCAUUCAUUCAAUCAAGUGCUCUAAAAACGCACAUGAGGAUUCAUUCAGAAGAGAGUUGUUAUAAAUGUGACAUAUGUAAUAAGGCUUUUAAACAAGCGAGCAUCCUGUGGAGACACUCGCUUGUUCACAGUGGAAAACGUGCACAUAAAUGUGGGAUGUGUGAUAAGGCAUUCACAUCGUCGAGUGAUUUGAAAAUUCACACACGUACUCAUACUGGUGAACGUCCUUAUACAUGUGAAGUAUGUAGCAAAACGUUUCCUGCACGGACUAAUUUAAAAAGACAUCUGCGAAUUCAUAAGUGA